AUGCCAAUGGAGUUCUUGAGACAGCGAUUUGGGUGUCAGCAGGACGACACGGGCUCAGUGUUGGGAGAUUUUGUGCUGUCAAGUAAUGUGGUUGCAUGGCAAACGCUUGCCAACAACCGCUUCAAAUUGGGUACUGCUCCGUCGCUUGGGCUCGCGCAAACUCAUACUACUGUCACUGACACUUCUGAUACGAGCCACGCCAUCGGUGACCACGCCGCCACUUCAAUCAAAAGAGUACCUCCUUGGAGCCUUGGAGCGCUACGUUCAAACCAGGAUCUACCUCAGAAGACGAACGACCCUCACCGAAUCGAUAUUAAGGACCUUACAUGCGACGCGAGACGGCAGGAAGCUGAAGCUCUCGUCAUGGAAAUCAAAGUUUGUGAGUUCAAGAAGGAAAGAAAAAACAACAAAGACAAGAUUGUUCAAAUAGAAAAUGAUAUCAGGCAUGUACAGGCAGACGUAUCUCCCUUCGACGACAGGUACAAAACUCACGACGCGGAUUUCCUCCAGACACGGGAAGAACAGGAGGAAUUGGUGAACAGGCUGGAUACUAUUGAUGAGAAUCAAGAGGAGCAGAAAAAGCAGCAUGAAGAGAACAUGAGAGAGAUCAGUGAAGAUCUUCGCUGCGACGUGGCAAAGGGGUUGAUGCAGGGCAUAAAUUGGGAUUAA